AUGGACGAGUCUAAUCAUAUCUGCGAUGCAUGCAGGGCAGUCGACAUUGCGAAGUAUCUCUCCCACAACGACCCCAUCAGCACGCCCAUGGGAUAUUUCCAGGACAUCCUGAAGAACGAGGAUUGUACGCUAUGCAAACUCAUUGUCAAGGCACUGAGUGUCUACGCCCGGAGCUAUUGGCUCCCGGGAAAGUACCCCGUCGAGAUGUGCUAUCUCGGUAGGCUCAGCGGCAAUUCGACCCCAGGAAGAAUCGAGGUAUGGUUCCACGCAACAUCCAAGACUCUUCCAGACGGAAUCUGGGGACAUUUCACCGUUCUCGGCCGGAUAAAGUGCCUUGAGAGUGUCGAGCCCCCGGUCCUUGAACGACUCAAUUACUCGCUAAUCAGGAGCUGGAUGGAUGAUUGUACAACUCGCCAUGGGCCAAAAUGCAAUCCGCCCGGCCUUAGCAGAGACUGUCUACCUCUGAUACUCCUCGAUGUCAAGCAAAUGCGGCUCUUUAAAAGCGACCGGCACUGUCGGUACUUGGCUCUCAGCUACGUCUGGGGCAAAGCAAAGCAAUUCACAACGGUCAAGAGCAGCUUUCAGGAGCUUCAACAAGACGGUGCCUUGUUAAGAGUCCGUGAUCAGUUGCCUCAACUGAUAAAUGACGCCAUUGCCUUUGUGGCAGAUCUUGGAGAGACCUAUCUGUGGGUUGAUGCAUUGUGCAUUGUGCAAGACGAUCCCGAGGUCAAGGAGUUCUACGUGCCAUGCAUGGAUAAGAUCUACGGCCAGGCCCUGUUAACCAUCGUCGUCCUAGCUGGCUCCGACGCCAACUGUGCACUUCCUGGCAUCGCCACCGGAUCUCGCACACCGUCGCAGUCACCUGUGCAGCUAGGAUCCCUGAUAUUGGCUCCUGAACUGCGAAGCCUUGCGGCUACGGUUGAAUCGUCUACAUGGCGAAGCCGAGGUUGGACAUUCCAGGAAGGAAUGCUUUCCAGGAAACGCUUAUAUUUCUCCAACUCUCAAGUUUACUGGCAUUGCUCUGUGGCGCAUCGCUCAGAAGAUGGAGAAGAAAGUCCGGCAGGAGAGCUGUCAUCUUGGAGCAUGAACCCUUUAGAACGGCAGGUCAGCCACGACCCCAGACAAAGGUUCAACAUCUACGAAUCACUGGUCAAACAGUACACUCGACGGACGCUGACAUAUCCGUCUGAUUCUCUGAAUGCAUUCGUGGGCAUUCUCUCCGCGAUCGAGGACUCGUUUGGAUGGCAGUUCGCGAGCGCCCUACCGGAAAACUGUUUCGAUCUUGCUCUCCUGUGGUCAUCGAUGUGGCAAGGCCGACUACGGCCAAGGGAGCCAUUAGGUUCGGCUUGCAAGUCACCUACCUGGUGCUGGACGGCCUGGGAAGAUGACAUUUACUGGGAUCCUUGGCGACUUGGCUCUUACGCCGGAAAGCGUGUGACACUCAAGUCUGAAGUGGGGGAUUUCAUCAUAAUGGACAAGGUUGGGGGGCGCAAGAUUGUCCGAGAGGAUCACAGUCUCCGAGAAGCUCUCCCCAAUUCUUUACCAGCCCUGUCCGAGGCAUCAGAACUUGCGGCCUUGAACGGGAACUCUACUAAUUAUGCACUGGUCUUUGAAUCUCUCAGUCUAGGAGCCGAUAUAUACACAAUCUCAUCGCCCCGCCCAGAAUUGUCCAGGACAUUAUCGCGCCCCUUCUCAGACUCCUUCACCAACACGUUACGUGGCCAACUUUGGAUCUAUGAUGCAGCAGGGCAUCAUUGUGGAACACUUAGGGGAUUUAAUUCAUGGAACCCUUGCCCAGAUUCCGCUUAUGAGUUUGUCCUACUCUCACGCAGCGACCAAGACAAGAUUAUUCAGGCAGAUGUUGACGGCUAUCGCGACCAUCUACCCCUGGAGUACCCCUCGGCUGAUGAAUACUAUGAAGAGAUUUUUGAUACAAGCAUUUACCAGUACAAGAGUUGGUGGGCUCUGAAUAUCUUGCUAGUGGAGCGAAAGGAAGAUUUGUCGCAGCGGCUGGCUGUUGGGCAAUUGCAUGCCGAUGCUUGGGACGCGGCCAAGCAGAAGAUGAAAAGUUUUGUUCUUGUCUAG